GCGCAUCAAACCCUAAACCCCCCUUGCUCUCUUGUCGCGCCGCCGCCAUGUCGCCGCCGACGCCACAGAAGCCACACCCGGUGCCCCGUGAGACGGUGGCCGGCGCCGUCGCUUCACUGACCAAGUGGAUGAAGAAGCGCGCCGAGGAGGCGCCCCCCAACCUCCUCGCCGACGAGCGUGACGACCUCGUCAUCGUCCAGCUCUCGCUCCGCCGCGUCCCCGCCUCGCCGACCACCAGGCCGCGCCUACUCCCGCUCCCGCACCCCGUCGUCGGGCACGACGGCGCCUCCGUCUGCGUCAUCUCCGACGACCGCCCCAACUCGCGGUCCCCGCCCGCCUCCGACCUCCUCGAUGCGUCCAAGUCGCUCCACCGCCUCCCCGUCUCCGAGGUCAUCCCGCUCUCCACCCUCCGCACGGACUACCGCCCGUACGAGUCGCGCCGCCGCCUCGCCGCCUCCCACGACCUCUUCAUCGCCGACCGCGGCAUCCUCCCGCUGCUGCCGCGCGUCCUCGGGAAGGCGUUCUACUCCACCAAGAAGGCUCCGAUCGGGGUCGAUUUCACCCGCGUCGGGUGGCCGGAGCAGGUCCGCAAGGUGCUGGGCUCCGCUUUUCUGUACCUGCGAACGGGGACCUGCUCGGGGAUCAAAGUGGGUAGGCUGGAUAUGGAUGAAGAAGAGAUCGUGGAGAAUGUGAUGGCUGCGGUGGAGGCAGCUGUGGAAAAGGUGCCAAAGAAGUGGGCCAACGUUAGGGCGCUGCAUCUGAAGGCUGUGGAUUCAGUUGCCCUGCCAAUUUACCAGGUUGUGCCGGAGUUGGGUAUGAAGAUUGAGGUGCCUGGGGAUGUUGAAUCUGGGGAGGUCAUUGAUACUGUGGAAUUGGAGACUAGGGAGAAGAAGACUGACAAGAAGAAGGCGCUGAUGGAUGCUGAAGCCAAUGGUGAUGAGGGAGUUGCCAAUGAGAGUGGCAAGAGGAAGAGGAAUAAGAAGGAUCAGAUCAAGAAUAUUGAGAUGCAGGGAGAAGUUCAGGUGGAAACAGAGAAAAAGAAGUGGAGGAAGAGUGUUGUGGUUUCUGUCGAUGAGGAGAAGAAGGUUGGCAAGAAGGGUAAAGAUAAGGGCAAGCGUGAUUUGGAAAAUGAGAUGGAAGAACCCAGUAUAGGCAAUAAGAAGAAUAAGAAAGGAAAGAUUGAGGAGGGGAAGAAAAAGAAGAGCAUGAAGGGUGAUGAAGUCUGCGUAGAUGAGAGCCUGGAAGACAAGAAGAGCAAGGGGAAGAAAUUGGAUGGCAAGAUCAAGAAGACAAGGAGAGGGUAAGACUGUAAGAGUAUGGUUACAGUUGAUAUUAUUGCUGGAAAUGCCUGUUCUGCAUUGAGGCCAGUUGCAGACUCCAAAAAUUGAUGAACUGGGUUAGUCAUUAUCUGGAAGAAUCAUCUUCUGUCCAGGUUCCAUGUUGUACGGGUAGGUUUGACUUGAGAAGAUGGCCUAUCAGUUGUACCGCAGAAUGCUAUCACGUUUGACCUCACAGAGGUUUCUUCUGAAGUUUCUUCAGGUUUUGUUAGCUUAGUAGCUCAAGCCUCUGGGUUAUAAGAGUGGCGAGACUGUUUCUGGCUAAGCUAUGUACCCCAUUCAAAUCGUAACAGUUUUGUGUCCAUCUGAGAUACUUGUGUUGCCCUGGCUUCUUUGAAUUAUCUCGUGUGAGUUGUGACCUAUCUUCUUAGUACAUUAGGCAGCAUUAUUUGCAUAAUCGACUUAUGUACUUUCUCCUAGCAUGUCACCAUUAUCCAGAUUUUACACA